UUUACUAUGUAAUUCAAUUCCCCAAGCCCCAACCCAAUGGCCCGACGAUCUAAAUUGGGGAUAUUAUAAAUGAAUUAAUUAGGUAUUGUUUUGUUUUGUUAUGUUAGUUUACCGUGUUCAAGGAGUAAUUGGGAGGAAUGAAUGUCUUCAAACCGGGGAAACACUAGGUAGCUUUUUCUUGAUAAUUUAACUCGUUGCGUUGAUUAUGGAAAUAGUACAUUUCAUUAUUCAUUUCUUAACUCGCUCACGACCCAAGCCUAAAUUUUCUUCCUUUUUAUGAUACUCGUCUUCCUUAACAUUUCUCACUCCUAAGAUCCAAUGCCUUAAUCUAUUAUCACCAACUACAGAUACUUUCCCUUUGUAGGGUUGUUAACAUCAUUCUAAGAAAGGCAUUAUUAGCUAUUGAGAGGUCAUGGCUCAGGGAAGGUAUGCCCGAGUUGAUGGGCAGAAUUCUCCGAACUAUUGUUUGAUAAUUUGUAUCAUGGGGUUUGUUUCAACAUGUUUGCUAGCUGCUUGGAUGACACUAUCAUCAUCAAUUAGCCCUGUUCGCACGGAAAUAUCAGUAGAGGAAUUCAUGGGUGGCAUACCGAAGAUAGUAGAUGGGAGUGAUGCUACGUUGCCUGUGGAUGCCUUGAAAGUGAAUGAUGGCAGAGGCAGUGUGCAGGAAGGUAGCAAUCCUAGUGUUCAAGAUAUAGGAAAUGCAUAUCCCAAAGAGUCUCGGAGUAUAGAAAAGGAACAAAAUUCCCAAAAGGUAAAAGAAGAGUUGCUUUCUGGGGAAGGAUCAGAAAACAAGGGAGCCGAAGAGCAAAAGAGUGGAGAAGAUGGGACAGAUGCAAGUAAGCAGAAAGAAACUACGUACAAGUUUGAUGGUGUAGUCCAAACACAUGGUGACAAUGCUGGAACUAAGGCGAGUUCUGAUAAAUUAAACCAAGUAGGAGAAACAGAAAUCAAAGUUGAGGAAAGUGGAGGAUACCAAGACAAGGUACCAGGAGCCCAAGAAGAGAUAGAUGCUAUGAAGAAGAUGCAGGAUGGAGCGAUCGAUCAUAAUGGGCAGUCUGAUCAAGAAAUAGAUAAGGAUUUAAAAGAGGAUUCCAGUGUUUUACCAUCACAAAAUGAGUCAAAAUCUGGGGCAGAGUUGUCAAAUGAAACUUCACCUCAACCUCAAGCUAUGCCUUGGCCAACGCAAUCAGCCGAGUCAGAAAAUGAAAAACUCUCACAGGAGCCGAAGCACCAAAAAGAAUAUAGAUGGAGAGUAUGUAAUGUCACUGCAGGACCAGAUUAUAUUCCUUGCCUUGAUAAUGUUCAAGCUCUCAAAAUGCUACACACUACAGGACAUUAUGAGCACAGGGAACGACAUUGUCCUGAUGAAGCUCCUACUUGUCUUGUUCCUCUACCUAAAGGGUAUAGAACCCCAGUCAAAUGGCCUAAAAGCAGAGACAUGAUAUGGUUCACAAACGUACCCCAUACAAGGCUUGUUGAUUACAAGGGAAAACAGAACUGGGUGAAGAUUUAUGAUCGGUACCUUACCUUCCCUGGUGGUGGGACUCAAUUUAAGUAUGGCGCUCUUCAUUAUAUUGAUUAUAUUCAACAGACUCUUCCUGAAAUUGCUUGGGGUAAGCGAAGCCGUGUUGUAUUGGAUGUUGGAUGUGGUGUGGCCAGUUUUGGAGGGUAUCUUUUUGACAGAGAUGUACUCACUAUGUCAUUAGCUCCCAAGGAUGAACAUGAAGCUCAAGUUCAGUUCGCACUUGAAAGAGGAAUACCUGCUAUUUCAGCUGUAAUGGGAACAAAAAGGUUACCCUAUCCCUCCAUGGUAUUUGAUGUUAUCCAUUGUGCUCGUUGCCGGGUCCCUUGGCAUAUUGAAGGUGGUAAACUCCUUUUGGAACUGAAUCGUCUUUUGCGACCUGGAGGCUACUUUGUGUGGUCUGCUACUCCAGUUUAUCGGAAAGGUGCUGAAGAUACAAGCAUCUGGAAAGAGAUGUCCAAGCUAACUAAGGCAAUGUGCUGGGAACUUGUAAAAGUGGGGAAAGAUGGAGUUAACAGAAAAUCUGCAGCUAUAUUCAGGAAAACUAGUUCUAAUGAUUGCUAUGAAGAAAGGCCUAUAAAUGAUCCUCCACUUUGCGAAUAUUCGGAUGACCCUAAUGAUGCUUGGUAUACACCACUUCAGCAGUGCAUACACAAAGUGGCCAAAGAUUCAUCUGAACGUGGGGCUCAAUGGCCAGCGCCUUGGCCAUCAAGGUUGGAGAAACCUCCUUACUGGUUGAAGGGUUCUACUGUUGGAAAUUCUCCCAAGGACUUCAUUGAUGACCAUAACCACUGGAAACAUGAAAUUACCAAUACAUAUAUGAAAAGGAUUGGAAUUGACUGGUCGUUGGUUAGAAAUGUCAUGGACAUGAGAGCAUCAUAUGGAGGAUUUGCUGCAGCUUUGAAGGAUUUGAAACUGUGGGUGAUGAAUGUAGUUCCUGUCAAUUCAUCAGACACUCUUCCUAUAAUAUAUGAGCGUGGCCUAUUCGGAAUAUAUCAUGACUGGUGUGAAUCAUUUAGCACCUACCCAAGAUCUUAUGAUCUCCUUCAUGCAGAUCACCUCUUCUCUGAUCUUGCAAAAAGAUGCAACAUUGUUUCAGUGAUGGCAGAAGUAGAUAGAAUUUUGAGGCCAGGGGGUAGGUUAAUAGUAAGGGACAAUGCCGAGACCAUGUCCGAGGUAAGAAACAUAGCUAAAUCGCUUCACUGGAAGAUCACUCAUUACAAUGAUAACAACGAACUAGUCUGUAUUAUGAAGACGUUGUGGCGUCCCUCAGAAGUAGAAACAAUUGCUGGUGCCAUAGCUUGACCUGUUGAAUCAUCAGUCCUCAAACAAUACAACAGUAGAAUGAAUUUUGCAUUGCUGAGAUAAGUUUAUUCUUUUACUUGUAAUAUUCAGCUUCAUCAACUUUUAAUGAUGCAGCUGUUUUUUUUAUAGCUAGCAUUUUUCUUUUCACUUCACCGCUACUGUAUUACGAGUAAUUGUUUAUUGUAUGAUACGUACAUUUCCUUUUAUAUUUAUAUGGAGUACAAAAAAAGCAAAUGUGGGCUAUAAAAUUUAUACUGUAUUAUAAAUUUAUACGGAGUACUGUAAAAGCAAAAGCCCUUUAAAAAGGCAAAAUUUUGUGCAAGUUUUUUUUUAAAAUUCCAAUAUUACCCCUCCCGUUGAUUGUUCAUUGCCAGACAAUUUUCUCUGAAGUUAUGCCAGACAUAAUUGUUGACUUUGUAACUUCCACUCGUAUUCCCGGAGCUUUGUCAGAUCAU